UACAGCAGGACCCAGAACUAGCUUGAUGGGAUUGAUAGAUAAAUGCAUAGGGGUAGUUCGAUAAAGAUGAGUACUGCAGGCCUGAACGGGUUGCUGAUGGGAUGCUGAGCUGGGGCAGAGCAGAGAAAAGCAGGGGGAUUGUGUGACAAGAUGCAUGGAGAGCCAGGGGAGGUCCUGGCUGUGCAGAGUGGAGGGGGAACCACAGCUAAACUGAGCAGAGAGUGUAGUAAUAAUCUGAACAAAGUGAAAUCCAGAGCAGAGCAGCCAAAUCAGAUGUGUUUUGGGCCUGAGGUGGAGCGGUGUGGAUGAGAGAGCCUGCAAGCCCAGUCAAGUGGAAGCAGAUGUGGAUGGUUUUUGGCAGAAUCAGUCAGCAUGGCAACUCCAGUGCCUGUUCUCCGCCUGCCCAAAGGACCUGACCCCAACAGCCGUGGAUUUGACCCCAACUCGCCCCGCUUCAUUGCUCUCUGCCGAACCUCCAUUUCCUCAUCGGCUGCUUCAGAGUCAGACAGCGAGCAGCUGCAGAAAGAGCAGCAUGCUCGAUCUGUGCUGCGAGAGGGUUUCCUCCGGUGUUUGCUCUCCAUGACCAACAAGAAGGUUCAGUUCCAGAUGUACGAGAACGUGAAGGUGGAGGCCACAUUUGGGGCGUCAGACAUUGACGUGCUGAACUUUCAGGUGUCUGACCUGCACACUCCCAUUGGGGUGCAGAAAGAGGCUCUGAUCAGAUGUCAGGAUGUGAUAUCAUUCACUUUUGACAUAUGAACAUUGAGGCUGUUUAACAAGUAAUGACUUUUGGGGUAGAAGACACAUCUGGGAGUCCGUUUAGUGGUGCAUUACUGUUGUUGCUCUUGUCUGUGUAGUGUACUGGAUUAUACUGACAUGGUUGACUGUGCAUUCAAAGAGCCAACAAGCAGUUCCACUGUUUUAGCACAAGAGGGAGUCAUGUGCCUUUGUGUCGA